CUGUUCGCGCUUCCUCUUUUUCUUUCCCCCUGACCCCUAUCCUGCCUCUCAAGGUAACUUCGAGCAGGAAGUUGGUUGUCAGUGGGCGGAGGAAAAGUGGGGGCGGGGCCAAGAUGGCAGCCAGUGACAUUGAAUCGCCUCGCGCUCUCAUUUGCUGCCGGCAUAGGGGGGAGGCGGGCCCCGGGUGUCACGUAGCAGGCUAGAUUGACUUCUGCUGAAUAUUAAAGGUAAAGAAGCACAGCGGCUGCGAGUCGGGAGUGUUGCUGGACUGCAGCCGGGGAGUCGGGGGCUGUUUUGGGACACUUUGGUCGGAGUACACCCGCCAGAAACUGAGCUCUCGUUUCGGCAGGGGGUCAUGUCACACCGGAGGGAGGGGUGGGACGGGAGGGGGGCUCGCUCCCAUGUCCGAGCCGGGAGCCUUUUUUUUCCUUUUUCUGAUACUUUUUAUUUUUGUCCAAAGCCGUUCUGCGGCGCAAGAGUGACUUUUUUUGCUUGUUGUUGUGAGAAGGCUGCACCGGACGGAAGUCGCAAGAGUUGUUGUUCUCUCUCUCUCUCUCGCUGGCGCUCUCAAGGAGACUCGACCGAGAGGGAGGGGGGCCGGACCCGGACCAUCCGCCAUGAAGGGCACGGGCCUCGUAGAUCAUGUCUGCAGAUUCGUUUGGCGCCGGCGGAAGCGAUGCCCAGCAGACUCUGCAGUCCUUCUGGCCUCGCGUCAUGGAGGAGAUCAGGAACCUGACUGUGGACUUUCGCGUGCAGGAAUUGCCUCUGGCUCGAAUCAAGAAAAUCAUGAAGCUGGAUGAGGACGUCAAGAUGAUCAGCGCCGAGGCCCCGGUGCUCUUUGCCAAGGCAGCACAGAUAUUCAUCACGGAACUCACCCUCAGAGCGUGGAUCCACACGGAGGACAACAAGCGACGCACGCUACAGCGGAACGACAUCGCCAUGGCGAUAACAAAGUUCGACCAGUUUGACUUCUUGAUCGACAUCGUGCCCCGAGACGACUUGAAGCCCCCCAAGCGACAGGAGGAAAUGCGUCAAACGGUGGCCCCGGCAGAGCCUCUCCAGUACUACUUCACCUUGGCCCAGCAGCCCGGCGCCGUGCAGGUACAGGGCGCCCAGCAGGCUCAGCAGGCCGGCACGCAAACCGCCGCCACCAUCCAACCCGGGCAGAUCAUCAUCGCACAGCCGCCACAAGGACAGAUGCUUCAAGGUGCCACCAUGCAGCAUCUGCAGCAGGUGCAGGUGCAAUCGCACGGCACGCCCAUCACGAGCGCCCCCGUGGCCAUGCAGGUGGGGGACGGACAGCAGGUGCAGAUUGUCCAAGCUGCGGCGGCGGCCCAGGGCCAGGCUCAGACGACUCAGGCGCAAGGCCAAACCAUGCAGGUCAUGCAGCAGAUCAUCACCAACACUGGGGAGAUCCAGCAGAUUCCCGUGCAGCUAAACACGGGCCAGCUGCAGUACAUCCGUUUGGCCCAGCCGGUCUCCGGGGCCCAGGUGGUGCAGGGACAGAUCCAGACCCUGGCCAACACCCAGCAGAUCACGGAAGUCCAAGGACAGCAGCAGUUCAGCCAGUUUACCGACGGACAGCAGUUGUACCAGAUCCAGCAGGUGACGGUGCCAGGAGGCCAGGAGCUGACGCAGCCCAUGUUCAUCCAGUCCAGCAACCAAACGGCGGACACGCAGGUCGCCCAGGUCAGCGCCGACUGAGCAGCUGUCCACCAGGAGGGAGGUCUUCUUAACUUAGUGACCAAUCAGAAGCCAAAGGGACACUGAUUGCCCCGCCCCCAUCAUCAGCACACCUUUAUGUUUUUAUACUUUUUUAAUAACGCCACUGCCAAUCAUGUCGCCGUUUUUGUCUCCUGGUCACAUGUUGCUGUUAGCCCCACCCCCACCCCUCACACA